AUGGGCUUUGGUGGGACGGACUUGAGCAUCUCCUUCCAAAGAAAGUUAGGGAUCUCGCUUAGCAGGAUCCAAAAUGUAAAUCGAACACCCGCACCUCAAGCUUGUGGGAAUGCUACCCAGCUGAGACGCAUGGAGUUGCUUGGCUCUCACCGCACCCAAGAGAAGGCGGGUGUCAUCCAGUGCGAAAUGCAAAUCAGUUAA